AUCAGAUGUAUACUUAGCAAAAUCUACAGGAUAGCCAUUCAUCAAAACCAGCUGCUAACAUGGCAAAUGACAGCUAUGAAGAACUUCCAUCCAAGGUGGCUUCAGAGGAUGAGGAACAUAUCUAUGAACAUAUUUAUGACACUUUGGCAUCUUCUGACAAACCAGAGCUGAAUCACCAAAUGGCCAUAGAUGAGCUUAUCACUACAGAGGCUAACUAUGUGCACAACCUUCAGCUCUGCAUUUUUAAUAUCCGCGAUCACCUCCAGAAAAAACAGCUGCCUGAAAUUGACCUGGAAGGAUUGUUCUCUAAUAUAGAUGAUGUCCUGCAGGUUUCCAAAUGUUUGUUGAAAGGACUUGAAGCUUCUGUGAACCAGGGGCAUGAACAACUUUUUCAUAUCAGCACUUUAUUUCAAGAGCUCAAAGCAGAAAUGGAGAAUGUCUAUAAAAUUUAUUGUGGAGACUAUGACCAAGCUCUUUUACUGCUGGAUAUUUAUAGUAAGGAGCCAAGAUUGCAAAAAGAAAUUAUGGAAACCUUGACUACUACUGUGCCUCACACUGGUGCUUCAAACCUGAGCUUCUUCCUGGUGAUGCCAGUGCAACGAAUCACAAAAUAUCCACUGUUGUUGCAGAAGAUUGUGGAAAACACUUCAGGCACUGACAGUGCCUAUGGAGCCCUGCAGGCUGCAGCCACCGCUAUGACAGAUGUGAAUGCCAAUAUCAAUGAAUAUAAAAGGCGGAAGGAAAUAGCAGAUAAAUAUAACAAGGCUGGGUAUCUGACUCUGCGAGAACGUCUGGCCCGCAUCAAUACCCACUCCAUUGCCAAGAAGACGGCACGGUUGAGCCGCCUCUUCAUGCAUGAAGCUGGAAUUGUGACCAAGACAGAGGAUAAAGAGUUUGAUAAAGUGGAAGAAAAGUUUCAGUCAUUGGCAUCAGCUAUAAUUGAUCUGAAAGAGAAUGUGGCCUGCUUUCUCGACAACACAGAGAUGUUCCUUAGUUUUAAACCACAUGAGGAUGAAUUGGAUGUAGAACCAUACAUUACCCAACCAUAUUAUUCCCUUGCAAAAAAGCUUCACAGCACCAUCUUUCCUGUCUAUAAGCAAAGGCUUGAGCACCUGGUAUAUAAGCCACUGUGCAACUUGUCGGAGACUCUGAGAGGACCCCACAAACUGAUCAAGAAGCGCUCGGACAAGCUGCUUGACUAUGAGGAGUAUGAGGAGAAGAGGAACGAGACGGGCAGUGUGACCUAUGAGGAGGAGGCUGUCAUGAAUACCUAUCUUGGCAUUAACUCCUUGCUUGUAUCUGAGCUUCCUACAUUCAACCAGGUGGCCCUGAAGUGGCUGGCCUGCAUACUGUGUUCUUUUGUGACUCUUCAGAGGGAUCUGGCCAAGCAAGUCCUCCAAGAGGCAGAAGGGGAGAUUGUCCAGCUGCCCCAUAGACAUCUCUCUGCAACUGAAUUUUGGAAAAUGGUAAUGAGUACUUUAAAACAGGCUGAAGAUCAGUUGUCCUUUCUCCAGAAGAAGUUUGACACUGUUUUGUCAAACCCCGUUGUGCAGGUCCAAGAGGUUACGUGUCACCUGGAAAGCUCCAACGGUACCAUUACGUCCCCAACCCAAAGCCCAGAACAACAACGUUGCCCCAGGGUGAUGCUGCUGAGCAAAUGCAUCCUACUUACAACUUCCCCCAAACUCCCAACCCCCCAGCGUACUUCAGCACUCCAGUUUUACAGGUACGUGCUGCUUAUCCCUUCGUAGCCAGGAGCACUCAGGAAGUCAGUCUGGAAGCUGGCCAAUCAGUGA